UAAUUUUCUGAAUCAACAGCUUGACGCAAUCGAAGUCAAACAUACAGACAGUCCUGAUACUCCAGAAAAAACGAUAGAAGACUGUGCGCCUGGUAGUCCACAUGUCAACUUUAUUGCGGAACCUGGACUUACAGUGACCUUCACCAACCCCACACCGAUGAGUGGAUUGUUUACCAUUUCUGUGACCCUGGUAGAUGCGGAUACGGUUGAGAAGAUUAAAGCCAAGAUCGCUAAAGAGAUUAAGGCUAUUAAAGACAUAAAUGCUCUAAAGCUGUGGCGAUAUCUUGAUCCGGCGUUAGGUCCUCGCAAGAUUCCAGUAGCAGGCGAUCACGUGACAAAAUGCGCGGAACUCGUCAAUGGCGAUGGUAUACGCGUACACGUGGAAGCGUCGCGUAUAGAACUCGUUCAGAACGGAACGAAUAUUGACGUCGGCUUACAGUUUGUGUAUACUUAUGAUAAGUGAUUGUUUUCAGAAAUAUAUUUAUUUAUUUUUA